ACACUUUCAUGCAGCAAAAUGAGAACAAGUUUGUGCAAAAACGAACAAAACACACAUGCAGCAGGAAAACGGUGAUUUAAACCUGAACGUUUGCCUUCUUCAUGUAAGCUAAAUGAAAAAAUGUUUGCCUUUACAUAAAUAACAUCAAAACACAUGUGCUGAACUCUGUUGUUCACAAAAACGUUUCUAGUUCAUUUGAAUGUUUUAGCCCGGAUUCUUACCUUGUCUGGCUUCAGCGGCGUCCUUUUCACUGUCGGCCUCAAACCGAACCCUCACUCUUCAGACGUGCAUUCCACUUCCCUAAAGGCACUUUCACUUGAGGUCAUCACACGCUGGAACUGCCUCAAAGUUCUCUGCAAGUUUAUUAAAGUCACUCAUCAAAGAUUUUUUUUUUGCAUCUGUUCUGUUUUUUAUGUCUUUUUUAACUAAAAUUAUAUAUUGCAACAGAUGUUUUUAUUUAAAUAAAAUCCAUUUAAAUGGAUUUUUUUGUGUCCAGUAAUGUUUGCAUGCAGAGAUGAGAAGUGGUUAGCGUUGAUGGUGAGAGGGUGGGCGGAGGAGAGUCAGCGCCAUAGCACAAUGAGCGAGCGAGGUCCUUUCCUUGAUGAACUAAUCAGACAACAUAGCAAACUUAAUUCAAGCAAAGAAAGGACCACAUUUAAAACUGGUGAAGCUGAAAACUCUCCACAGCUGACUGAUCUCUCAUCACAUCCGCUGAGCUGGUUCCAACUAUUCUCCACAGGUAAACAUGAGGAAAACUUUUGUUUGUGAUGAAUCAAUCAUCAUUACCAUUCACAUCGGGAGUCUGAGGAAUGCUGGUGAGGGUCAGUUGAUGCCGGAGAACUUCAACUGUGUGUUCAAAGACAACUUCAAGAUUUUUGCCAUCAGAGGGAAGCCAAAACCUCUCGGAGCAGCUCAAGCCAUGGCUGGUGUGUUUCUCCUCGCUCUGGGCUUGAUUAGCGACAGCCCUGUCAGCAAGAGCUACACUGUUCCGAGUGUAUUGUUUGUCCUCUGUGGCAUGCUGUCCUACGCUGCAGGAAGACAUCCAAACAUGCAUGUGACUAAGCUGUCAUUCUCUCUGAACAUCAUCAGCUUCUUCUGGUCCCUCGUGGCGUUUUCGCUCCACUUGAUAUGGUUCCGUUCUGUCCAGCAUAUCCCGUUAAACGAUGGACUAACAGGGCUAAUGCUAUUUCUCCUGGUUGGUGAAAGCAUCAUAGCUCUGUUCUUAAUCUUCUGGCUGAGUAAAGCUGUAUGCAGGGAUCAUUUCAACUCUUUGCCCAUCAUAAUGCUAAAACAGGAUGAAUGAAUGUGAAAAUCGCUUUCCGUAGGAAGACGGGAUGACUUAUCUGCAUGUUUCACUGCUGUAACAUUACAUAUAUUUCUGUAUAGUUAAAUGUUUAGAGUUUAUUUUUAAAGAGCAAAUUGCAGGUUCAAAUUUCUUUCUAAUUCAUAUAAAAUGCUGUCCAAAAAUACUAUUUAAAAAGCUUAUUGUGGAUAUUUGGUUUUAAAAUACAUAACAGCAGAGUUUUCUAGUAGAACCGGGCCUUUCUCAGCAGCUUGUUUCUAAAUGUGAACCUCUGACGUAACCAAAGGGAGUUAGACGCUCGGUGCUGCCUCAGCUCGGUGUGGAGAGUGGGUAGCUUUAGGGUAGAGAGGUCAUGUGAUCCAGUCAGUGUGUGUGUUUACUAGUGUUGGGUUGUGUUCAUGUUGAUAAACUAGUGUGUGAAGGCUGUACCAUCUCCAGCCUGUCUGGACAUCGAGUCCACGGGUUUCCAGACAAGAGAAACAACGCCUCUAUCUCCGUGCCUGAGUUUGCGUUUCUGCACCUGAAAAGACGGACUUCUGUAGCCCACAUCGGUCGGUACCGGGACAGGGAGGUCCGCGCAGGGCUCCGGAGACCCGAGGCGGGGUUUAAAAAAACCAAUGCGAUUUCUGGAACUCAGAUCACCGUCAGAACCAGGUCAGAACCGACCACCAGAAGAGACGUGCGGCUCAGCAGGCCAGUCGAGCUGGAUUCUGGGUAUGAUCCAGCUCACAGAAGCCCGCAUGAGCUCCAGAACCAGAUCACAGAUGUGUCUCUGCCCUCUGGGGCGAGCAGCAAACUCAUAACUUUAUGGUUUUAGUCCAUCAUGAGUAUAACUGUAAACAUCUAAAGUUUUCUCUGUGCUAACAGGACUCCCUCACAUGACAUCACUUGGUUUGGCCAAAAAAAAUACCUCUCUCACAAAAGUAACCCAUAAAGCCUAAAUAAUUUAUGUAUGUCUAAAAAAAUGUUUAAACCGAGUUUCUAUUAUGUUUCCCUAAACAAUGGUUCAUGGGAGUCUCUAACCUGCAAUUUGCUCUUUAAGAAAUCUCCUACAAAUCAGCUGCUUGUUAAUUUCAUCCUAGAAAUGCUGUUGAACUUCCUCAGGUUUGCAGUUUAGAUUCUUUGUUAAAAAACUUUUUAUUUCUUCCAACACAGUUGGAGAUGCAAACCGUUUAAAGAAAAUUUCAUUUUUGUAAAAGGAAGCGACUCGAGGCUUCUCUAGAGGUGCGGUGUGAGUAUUAAACAUAAAACCAACCUCAUUUUAUUUUCAUUUCAAAGAUUUUGACAGUAUUACAUUUUAGCAAUAUUUUCACAAUUUUUUGCAUCCUUUCAAAUUAAAGUGUUUAAUGUUUCUUAAGCAAGAUUUUAUUUAUUUUUUUGCUUAUUCUUAUUGUGUUUCUCAUCUUGUAAAUUUUGACAGAUAACUAUAUUAAAUAAUUUUCUACAUUUUGUGUUUAAUUGAGCAAACAUAUUUUAAUGAUGUAAGACUUUUUUGUAAAUAUGCAAAAUUUGUUGAUUUGGUUUUAUUCUUUGACUCAGACCAUUUUGUUAAAUGUCAUACCAUAUUUUACUUUCAUUAAACUUUGGCUACUCUACAAAAUGUGACAAAACAAAAUAAAUAUUUUUUUAUUUUAGACAAGCAAAAAAAAAAAUAUCUUUUGUAUUUCCCUCCAUGUUGAAUCAUGGACACAAGGCGUUCUUUGUCAACUGGCCUUAAUGACACGUUUGUGCGAUCAACCAUGCCGUGAGAACUGUACAAAUUAACACAAAAAACAAUCAGUUUCAUAAUAUAAAUACAUUCUUAUGAAGAAUAAACAAACAUUAAGGAACAUAAAAGUUCUUAUUAACUCCAAAAACUGGCUUCAUAACAUACUAUUGCAAAACAAUAAUGUUUAUCAAUACUAAUUAUCAUUUCCAUUUAACAUGUUAUCAGCAUAAAACGUCAGAAAACAGCAUAAAAAACAGAAACCUUCAUACCUCAUUGGUCGUAUAAACUCAGAGGGGUUAAGAAAGGUUAAAUCCUACAGUAAAACUUUUAAUUCUGGAUGAAAAUGGUUCUCUUUGUUUUAAUGCGCCUUAACACACAAACAUAUUAAUAAGAACGUUGCCCUCUGCUGACUGAAAUGAACCAUAUUUUUCUUAAACAUAAAUUAUUCUUUCAACCAUGCCUUUGCACAACCAUGUCAGAUUAAAAUAGAAUUGUAUAACUGUCUCUGAUGGCUACGGUGGCCCUGAAGUGCAAACCACAAACACAAAUCACUAAACGCACAACAAAUU